CCUCGAGGCCCCGGACAGAAAGGAGGACCAGGAAAAGGCCACCGACACCUGAAUUCCUACCACUGACGAGGAAUACGUUGUCACGUUCAAGACAUGGAUUGUUGUCGGGGUAAGCAUGGGUUGAUUUCAAACUAUGACGAGGAGUGGCAGUUUACUAAGAGCCUACCCCAGAUUCUCUCCCUGUCUUACGGCAUCUCCUUUUGGAUCGUUCCCACGCUCAGCUCGGUCCAAAGCGUGAUCGCAACAGAACUUGGUGAUCCUUCUGGCUCCGCGUUCUGGAUUCCCAUCUACACGACGGGUGUCACGAUCGCUUUCAUGGUCUGCGGUGCAAACUCUGACCUGUUUGGCCGCCGGUGGUUCAUCAUUGGCGGCAAUGUCCUGCUUUUCAUCGGCUACAUCGUCAUGGGCAGUGCCAAAAACAACACCGCCAUGAUCGCCUCGUGUGCGGUCAUCGGUUUCGGCGCAGGCAACGCCCAACUCGCCGCUUUCGCUCUGCCCGAGCUUCUCCCCAACAAAUGGCGCCAUAUCGGUGUUGUUCUGGCGGACCUGGGAAUCUACUUCGCCACGAUUGUGGGACCUAUCGCAGGGCGCUACAGCGUCCGACAUGGAGGUGCGUGGCGGUGGCUAGCCUAUGGCCCUGCAAUUGCUGUCGCUUUCUCCUUUGCUGGCCUGAUCGCGUUUUACUAUCCGCCAAAGCAUCCCCGAGGAAUCCCAUUCAAGCAAGCGCUCCGGGAGCUCGACUAUCUUGGCGCCAUUCUCUUCAUCAUCUCCAUCACCCUGAUCCUGGUCGGGAUUAUCUACACAACCGUCGAGAGCUCUUCGUCCCCACGGGUGAUUGGAACCCUCGUUGCUGGCUUUGUAACCCUGGUCGUCUUUGGAUUGUGGGAGACAUUUGCUUCGUUGAAGCAGCCACUAACACCGACUCGAGUUUUCACUCGUAAUAAGGGACGGGAUCUGACCGCUCCUUUCAUAGCGGGCUUCGUUGUUACAAUGUUUUUCAACUCUGUCAACAUCAUCUGGCCGACUCAAAUCAACGUCUUCUAUACCAACGCGACGAGCUCCUUCACCAAGGCAAUCAUCCUGACACUGCCACAAGGUCUGGGGCUUGCAACUGGCUCUGUCCUCCUCUCGGUUCUCGGUUCUAGAAUCGGCCAUUGGCGCUGGAGCAUGAUCGGCUCUUUCACGCUGAUGGUCCUCUUUGGCGGACUCCUCGCCAUGGGCAAUCCAGACAGGAAGGCCCUGAUGAUCGCAUGCGUCUUCCUGUGCGAAGUUGCGUACGGCUGGGCACAGUACCUCAAUAUCACGUACAUCCAGUUCGGAGUCGACCAGGUCGAGCUGGGCAUCUCGGGCGGCUUGGCCGGAGUCGCCCGUUUCGGCGGGGCCUCAAUCGCGGUUGCCGUCUACACGACGAUUCUGGUCAACACUCAGAGCUCGAGCGCGGCGUCGUUGAUUCCUCCUGCCGUCCGAGCAGCCGGCUUGCCUGCAUCGUCGGUCGCGGCCUUUGAAUCUGCGCUGCCGUUGGGAGCUGCAGCGUUGGAAAAGGUCCCCGGCAUUACGCUGGCAAUCAUCGAGGCUGGCGGGGCGGCGUUUCAGCAGAGCUACGUGCAUGGCUUGCGAGUCAUGGCUCUCUCCUCGAUUGCAUUUGGUGUGGUGGGGAUUAUUGCCUGUUGCUUCUGUGUCGACAUCGGACCCAAGAUGAACGCGAAGAUCGAGGUCUUCCUUGAGAAUGACAAGAAUGCCGACAAGAAUGUCUACCACUGAUGUGGGAUGAGUGGGAGAGGUUCGAUGUUGGGAGUGGGUGGCCGGGGCCAGAUAGCACCUCAGAGAAGAAUGGAUGGAUUUGAUGCACCCAGAUUAGAUCCUCAAGAGCACACAGUUUCGUCCAAGAUUUGGGACCCCACAGACCCGAUAUAUGCCUGUUCAAGACACGAUUCUGUACCAGCGUUGGCAGUAAGCGACUCCCGGCUCAGAACCUGUACCACAGGGGACUUCAGCGACGUUGAAAGGUCAUGGGUGGUCUGGCAAUUGAUGCUAUGAUUCAUUCUAAUUUGCGGCGUGAGCCAGCGGCCAUAUAACUAGCCCUGUCCCUCCAGGA